GUGACAGAAACUGAUGCUUUUAUUCUUCGUGAAACUUGCAGAUGCUCGCGAGGCCUUCCAUGGCGAAGCAAUACCUUGCCUUUCUUGUCCCUGAAGCCUGCCCAAAUUCUAACUGACUCGAUCGCUAAAUAAACUUCCCAGAUUUCGUCUCUAAUAACAAGCUCGAACUACUGUAGCACCUGAAUGGACAGUCUCUUCAAGCAAAUAAGGGUGAGAUUUUCUGACUCAGGAGAAGAACGGAUAGCACCGGAGAAGAUUGCAUCACUUAAAGAAGGGAAGAAGAGGAACCGUAACUAGUUCCAGAGGCCAUUUCCUGGGGAAAUGAGCGGCAUCGACGAGACUGCCGAUAUUGAGUUUGCAGCUGCGGCUGCAGCGGCUACUUACGCUGUCGCUUUACUGGACGAAGAAGAAUCGCUCGAUCAGAACAAGAGAACCAUGAAGGUAGAAGACAACAUGAACAAACCCCCUGAAUACAGCAGAAUAACCAGAUGGUUGACUGGUAAAGAUCAGAAGGAAGAUGAAAUUCAAUCAGGAGGUUCUUCAAUGAGAAUCGGAGUAAAGAUGCAGGAUGACUUUGGCAUUGGCCAGAAUCUAUCAAAGGAACCCAAUCUUUCCUUGAAAAAGAAGCCAACUUUCUCUGACAAGACAAGCAGCAAGAAACCAGAGCAAGAACGAAGUCAAACAGGUCCGAAAACCCUCAGACCUAUAGACUCGAUUUCUAGAAAUGCAAGCAGGAAGACAACUUAUACCCCCAAAGACGAAACGAAAGUAGAUGCAUGGGAGAGAGCGAAGAUGGAGAAGAUAAGGAAAAGGUAUGAAAAACUGAAGUCCUCGAUUGCGGAAUGGGAGGACGAGAAGAAGAUGAAGGCAAAACGUCGACUGGAGCGCAAAGAGGGGUAUCUGGAGCUGCAGCGUGCGAGAGCGGUACAAGAACUUCGUGAUGAGAUGGCGAGAAUAGUCAAGAUUGCUGGUGGAGCAAGAGCCCUCGCAGAAGAAAGGAGAAGAAAUGAUGAACAGAAGACGAAGGGAAAGGCGAGGAAGAUGCGAUCCACUGGGAGUUCUCCUCGUUCCUGCUUUGGUUUCUGACGUAUCCUUGGAUGCGUGAAACGUCGCUCGCUGUAAAUCUGUAUAGUUUGUAUAAAACAGCAAGAAAAAGGAAAAUAAAAAAUAAAAAAUAAAAAAUCAGUAG